UUGCAUUAUUUCGCGGACGCGCGCCGACCGUCAAACCCGCCGCCGCCGACCCGCACACGAGUGCGUACCACGGUAUAACAGUGGUAGUACAGUACUAGUCGUAGUAGUGCUCGCUCGAGGAGAUGAACUACACGUCUUGACGAGUCCGCCGUCGUCGCCGCAACACUGUCUCAUUGCACGCAACGCCGUCGCGGUACAAUAAUAUCUCACGCGAUUCACCGGUACAACACAAUCGUAUCAUUAUAAAAUAUAUACAAUCAACAAAUAUUUCGUAUCGAACAAAACACACUCGUCCGCGCGCGUACACGCCGGCGAUACACAACCGCGGUUGUCGCCCGAACAACAACUCCACGACCGGACGGUCCCCGAAGAACCGCCGCGCUGCACGCACGCCUAAACAGUGACAAAAAUUUAGUAAAAUGCAUAGAAAUCACUUGAUAUUUCCACUGCUCAGCCUUCUAGUCGUCACCUAUGCAGCGCCGGACGAUAGAAGGAAAUUCGUUCGAGUUAUCACCGAACCAAAACCCGGCGAAGAAUAUGUUAGCAUACACACCGGAAAACCUUCGUCGAACGUCCAAUCAAAAUCUUUGGAGAGUGAAAUGGACGUAAAAAUUCAAGACGAAGGACAAACGGGAAUAAAAGAAGUAGCCGGACUCGUGCCGACGGAAGAAAAAAUUUACGCGCAUAAAAAAUUAUAUCCAUCUAUAGAAGAGGGGCUAAAAUGGUCAAAGCCAGAAAAAAAAUAUGCUUCCAGCAGUACGGAGGAAAUCAUUCCUGACAGCUUACCGACCAAGUCACACAACAAACUGAAGAAUAAACGUGAAGACGAAGUACCAAGUCAUAGUUCUAUAAAAGUUCAAGAGAAAUCGAAUAAUAAUAAAGAAGAUGAUGGUUUGUACGACUUUGUGGACUCUCCUUACGGAAGCCAGAUUGUAGGUUCUGCCUCUUCUCAAGCGUCCCGAGUAAAUAUCAAAAAAGCGCCAAAUGGUCAAGAAUACGAAUAUGAGUACGUCUAUUACUACUACGACGAGGAUGAAGAAAAUGCAAAACCCGGUUCUAAAAAUAGUCAAAGCAUAUCAACUUCACCACCGGCUUUACAGCAAACUAGUCCAAAAUCCAAUAAAGAUAUCAAAGAAAACCACAACAAAUCCAGAAAACCACCAGUUGUACAAGAUGAAAAUCAAUUUGUUCAAAACACUAACAAGGGCAGGUUUACUGCCGCAGAGCACUCUAUUACUACAGAAGAAUCUGCAGGACACUCCAACUUUGCAGUUAAUGAUAUUGCUGGACACAAUAGUAAAACAAAGGAAUCGGGGCGUAAUCUAGAAGAAGCUUUAUCGGUUCCUUCGUCCUCGUCGGUAGCCGUUUCUGAAGAGCGCCUGCCGCAAAAUCCUAGAUUCCCCACCAGAUCUCGUGGAAAUCCUAAGACGGUUCAGGAAUUCGCUACUACCGUUGUGCCAGCCACGGACACGCCGAUCACGCGCAUCCGACCGAAUAAUGGUCCGCAUCAACCCACCGGUUUGGACCUGGUAGACAGCAGUGUUUUCAGGACUCAUUCCACUAACGGACAACACACGGCUACUUCGCCGAGACACGAAAGCAACAGAGAUGCUGUGGUACAAACGACGCCAGCAGAUCAAGUAGCAACUAUUAAUAACGCUUAUAACACUCAGCUGACGGAAACAGUAGCGUCUGUAACAGAAACUGUUAGCUUAGAUCGGAAUCAAGACAAUACCGAUGUGGAUACUAAGGGGUUAUCAUUGACGACAACAUUAACCCCUGACGAGGUCGUCACGGUCACCCAACGUUAUACCGCAGGAGCCACGGACAAAGGGGCGGUCGACUUGUACGCCAUUUUGCAGCAGACCCGUAGCGAGGAGACGGCCAACACGAUAGCGUCCAGCGAGCAUUCCACCAGGUUCGAGGACGUCGAGACCCAGUUCCCGACCACGUUGCGGCAGGUGCCGACCACGACCACCACGACCACCACCACGACUACCACUACCCCGGCGCCGACCACGACCACCACGACGACGACCACCGUUGCACCGGUGCCAGCUAGGUCACCGGGUUCUGGACCGGUGCGCAGCCGUUACCGCGGUUCUGCUGGCAACAGGAACGGCGCACAGGCUUCGACCACGACCACCACUACCACGACCGAGCAACCGGCCGUCGCCGAAGAGGUGACGGAAAGACGUAAAUUCAAACCCACCAGGGAACGGAACACUCAGGGAUCUGUCUAUAGUAAGAGGUAUCAAUCUUCUACUGCCGCACUCGAUAAAGAAUCUUCAACUACUGAAACCGAAGUGGUGACUAAAGCACAAAAACCGUCAUUCGGCCGUCAAAGAACACGCGCAAGCAAACCCGUAUCAAGUACGGUGCCAAUCGACGAAAAUGUUGAAGUUACAUCAGCAGCACCGAAACCCAACUUUGCUGAACGGUCCAAUCUGAGAAGACAAAACAGCAGAAACAAAUUUACGACUUCAGCUUCGACCACAACAACAAGCACAGCUGCGCCACCGGUAGCAGAAGUAGAUGAAAGUAAUGUCUCCGAACAAGAAGUUCCAGAGCCUACUACUGCUAAAGCAGUUGGAGGUCGACUGAGACCAAAUAUUAGACCGUUGAGGCCAGGUUUGAGGUUGAACUUUGGAGGAAAAGGAUCAUCGACUACGACAUCGCCAGCACCAUCGACUACACAAGCACAGAUCGUAGAAAGUUCUCCAGACGAAAUAGAAGAAAAAGAACCGGUACAAGAAACGAGCCCCACUCCAGCACCUGACUCGCUGUCGAGACUUAAGAACAAAUCUAGAUUCCGGGUACCAGAAAAACAAGCUGCGCUAGCGCCGAAACAACAAACCCUAGCUCCUCCAGUAAGCGGGCAAAAUAGAAAGAACUUGUUAUCGAAUCUGUUACCCAAAAAGAAGUCGAUCCAAACCGAAGAGCCCCCGGUGGUUAUCGAAGAAGUAAAACCGGUGAACGAAAAUGAGCAGGAAAUUGAUCAAAACGCAGAGAUACAAAAUGAAGAAGACACUGACCGGCAACAACAAUCUUCUUCGACGACAACUAGUACGACAGAGGCGCCGUCAUCGACCACGAACCGAUUAUCAUCUUUGCUAGCUAAGCGGAGGUUACAGCAAAGAAAACCGGUAGAUCUUUCUAGCAAACAAUCAAACCAAGACGAAUGAACAAUCAAAAUUAUAUUUAAAAACCUAUUGGAUAAAAAAUGUAUGUGCAUGGUCCAAACAAUGUACUCAUUUUUGAUUUGUACAAUUUAGUAUCCAUUUCAGCUAUAAUUAUCUUAAGUCAUGAUGUUUUGUUCCACUGAAUAUAUCAUUAUUAUUAUAAAUUAA